GUUUACAAAGCUGCAGCUUGCAAAGGCGUUUAGUGUCAUGUUUUCAGCUCUCGUGCAAGAAAAUUAGCGCUCCACCAAAUCAGUCAUUCACAGAGCGAGCGACUUCAUGACGUAAGAAAAUGAAGGGGGGUUGAGGGCGCCGGCGUAUAAAACCCGGCACCGAGACGAGACUUGCACCAGGAUAAAUUCGCGAGCCAGAGCUGUACCGGCCCGUCAUGGAUAUAUUACGGAAUAUCGCACACCAGCCGAACAGCAAGAUGUCCGAACAGACACUCAACAAAUCCUGCGAAUUUCAAAAGAAGAAGGCGGAGGAGCAUUCACAGGGACCCACGGAGACUUCGCGGAUCAUCACAGACUCCGUCACGGGGAAAUGUUACUGCCGCGGGAAAGUACUGGGAAAGGGUGGCUUUGCGAAAUGCUACGAGCUGACAGAUCUGGCCACCGGCAAGGUGUACGCCGCGAAAAUCAUUCCGCACACGCGCGUGUCUAAGCCGCACCAAAGAGAAAAGAUUGACAGGGAAAUCGAGCUACACAAAGCGCUUCACCACAAGCACAUCGUCCACUUCUACCAGCACUUCGAGGAUAAAGACAACAUAUACAUCCUGCUGGAAUACUGCAGUAGGAGGUCCUUGGCGCACAUCCUCAAGGCGCGGAAGAUUCUCACGGAGCCCGAGGUGCGGUACUACCUGCGGCAGAUCAUGUCCGGGAUGCGCUACCUUCACGAGCACAAGAUCCUGCACAGAGACCUGAAGCUCGGGAACUUCUUCGUCAGCGAGUCCAUGGAGCUGAAGGUCGGGGAUUUCGGGCUGGCGGCCAGGCUGGAGCCGGUGGGGAGCAGGCGCAAGACGAUCUGCGGGACGCCGAACUACCUCUCCCCCGAGGUCCUGAACAAGCAGGGACACUGCUGCGAGUCGGACGUCUGGGCCCUGGGCUGUGUCAUGUACACCAUGCUCCUGGGCAAGCCUCCGUUUGAGACCUGCAACCUGAAGGAGACGUACAGGUGUAUCAGAGAGGCCAGGUAUACCCUGCCCUCCACACUGUCCCUGCCAGCCCGACAGCUGAUCGCCAGCAUGCUGGCCAAGAACCCGCAGGACCGGCCCAGCCUGGAGAACAUACUAACACACGAAUUUUUCACACAGGGUUUCACUCCUGAACGCCUUCCAGCUUCCUGCUGCCACUCCACCCCAGAUUUCCACCUGUCCAGCCCCACCAAGAGCUUCUUUAAGAAGGCCGCAGCUGCCCUGUUCGGGAGCAAGAAGGAGAAGGCCAAAUACUACGAGAGUCUGAAUAAGCUGUCCAGAGAGGAGGAUGAGAUCUAUAAGCUCCGUCAGGACCUGAGCAAGGCUGCCAUUGGCCAGCAGCACUGCAGUCAGCCGUCUGAGGAAGAGAAGCCUCCGGCAGGGAAAUCCGUUGCCGUAGUGAUGGAAGAGAACAGGCAGCAGAGCCCAGAUGCGGUCCACACCAUCGUGAGAGGAAGUCUGGGCAGCUACAGCACUGAGGGUCUGGAGGACAACAGGGCGGGCAGCACUGUGACUGCGCUGAUCAGCGUGAUGAAGAACUGCCUGGAGAACAUGCCCAAAGCCGACGAUUUUCCGAAUGAGAACCUUGGUCUGAACUUCCUGUGGGUGACCAAGUGGGUGGACUACUCAAACAAGUACGGCUUCGGCUACCAGCUGUCCAACCACGUCGUUGGCGUGCUCUUCAACAACGGCACGCACAUGAGCCUUCUGUCGGACAGGAAGACUGUACAUUUCUACGCAGAUUUGGGCCAGUGUUCGUUCUUCUCCACUAAUGAUGUUCCGGAGCAGUUUUCCGGUCCAGUCACCAUCCUGAAGUACUUCUCCCACUACAUGGAGGAGAAUCUCAUGGAUGGCGGCGAUGUAACGAGCGUGGUGGACACCAGCGUCCCCCCGCUCUACCUGCUGCAGUGGCUCAAGUCUGACCGUGCUCUGAUGAUGCUCUUCAACGACGGAACCUUCCAGGUGAACUUCUACCAGGACCACACCAAGGUGAUCCUGAGCAGCCUGAAGCAGGAGUACCUGCUCACCUACAUUAAUGAGGAGCGAGUCUCCACCUCUUACUGGCUGAGCGCCCUGCUGGCCAAUGGCUGCCCGGACGAGCUGCGCCACCGGCUGGACUACGCCCUCAACAUGCUUCUGCAGAAGGCCGACUGAGAGGGGACGCUUUUAAGGGACGGACCGGUGCGCUGUCAACAUUUCCUACAGAAGGCUAACUGAGAAGGGGAUGCUUUAGAGGAAUGGACCAGUGUGCCCUCAACAUGCUUCUGCAGAAGGCCAACUGAGAGGGGACGCUUUCAAGGGACGGACCAGUAUGCCCUGAACACUGAACAAUUCAGACAGGAGGCUAACAGAGAGGGGGUGCUUUUUAGGGACGGACCAGUGUGCCCUGAUCAUGUUCCUGCAGAAGGCCAUCUGAGACCUGCAUUGGGACACUUCUUAAGGACGGACUUGUGCACCGUCCAGAGGAAAUCUGAGCGUGCUACUACACAAAGAUCCAACCGAAGUGUGCAGGGGGGACUGUUUAUGCAGGUGGACCUUCACAACAGGAAAAAAAAAAUGUAGCAUGAGGGCGGAGUUUUUACAGUCAGAUGUCGUGUAUAGUGCCAAGGAGGGGUGGUGGGGGGGGGGGGGGUGGCAGAGGAGGAGGUGAGGUCAGAUGGCGGUACGAAAAAUGUCAUCAAUCCCAGCUGGCGGAACACAAUGAUGAUGAAGAUGACCACUGGGCUGGAACCAGAUAGAGUUUCACUCUAAGCUUUUUACGCGGAACUAAAAUCCAGCCGUUUCCGAGGUGACAGCAGGGCUGGAUCCUGCGGAAGUUGCGAUGCGAGUUUCCGUGGGGGGGGGGUGCGGGGGGGUGGAAGUACAGCGCUGUUUCUCUGAAGCGCACAAAUCAGACUAACUGUGAAAAAAAAGAGGGAAGAAUCGACUGAAACGGCAGAAUAACUUAUUCUGGUGAAUAUAAGUGAAUUCUUUAUUUAUUUAAUAAUAAAUAAAAACACUUGAAAGCUA